CAUUUAAUUAUUACAACGCGUGCAAUGGUGGAUGUGUUUAGUGUAGAGUUUGUGCUAAACUUUAUGCAAUUAAAUUGUUUAUCCAGCUAACACUUAUCCAAAAAAAUUAAAUCCAUUCACCGGCAUCUUGUAAGGGUAAUUUCCUAGAUACUCAGCUUUUAUUUAAAUAAAUUUUCUCGAACAUAAACAGUGCGCGCGAAGGAUCUGUGUGUAUGUAUUGUGUCGAGUUUUCAUUACAAACCCGUCAUUGUAACCUAAAAAUAAAAAUAAAACCUGAAAAAUAAAUAAAAAAAAAUAAAAAAUUUAUUGUCAUGCAAAUAACUCAGCAUUUUUUUAAUUGUAAAAAAUGAAAAAUAUUUGAUUGAAAACAGUUGAAUAAAAAAAAGAGUGAAAGCCGAAAUAUAAAUCAGUGUCAGCAACUGCCGGCAGUGCAGUAAACAUUGUAAAUUUAUUUAAGGUUACCUAGACUGGAUUGAACGUAUGCAAGUUCUCACACUCACAGUCGUGUGGGUCUUUCUUGUUUGUGUUGAGUUGUUACAAGGUCCUCUAUCUUCGUUCUCGGCACACACUACACCCGCGUAGUGGAAAGUCUCGAAAAGAUAUACAUGGUCUAUAAGUAUAAGUAUAUAUCUAUAGUAUAUAUAGAUAAUACAGAUAUACACUCACAUUUAAAUAGAAGAAGACGAAGAGGGCCCCUGCGAGGGUUGCGUUCACGGUAGAACCCGCGCGUAUUUAUCACGCUCUCCAUUGGAAUAAUAAAAUAAAUAAACUUGGGUGCUGAUAGUAACCUGUAAACAGAGAGCAAUCGACCAAGUGUUUUAUAUUAGGUUGGAUCGAGCUUACGAGCUGUGCAAUGGUGGUCAGUAAUUGUUGAGGGAGUUGCUGUGUAAUAAAAGGUUGUUCGGGUGAACCAAAACGCCGGGAAGGUUAGUUGGAAUAAUCUCAGCCCAGGGCAGUACAACACCAGACUCUAGAUGGUGUGCAGUGAAAUAAGUUUUUGAGUGACUCUAGUAGAUUGGUGAGAAAAAAAACAACUUGGUAAAUACCGAGUCGGUGUUUGAGUUUAUUUAAAAUAUCCUCCAGACAGUGAUAGUCAUUAAAUAAUAAAUAAAUAAACAAAUCUAAAUAACAAUAAAUAAUAACCGGGCCGUAUGCUCGCAGGGUAAUACGGUGUUAUGAAAAAAUGAUGUGAUCGACGGUCAUCAUGGCGGCACCCAUGUUGAAGUGGAAACGGAUCUCAAAUCCAAGCGGACCUCAACCUCGACCUCGUCAUGGACACCGAGCGGUCGCUAUUAAGGACCUUAUGGUCGUAUUCGGAGGAGGAAAUGAGGGAAUUGUUGAUGAGCUUCAUGUCUAUAAUACAGCAACAAAUCAAUGGUUUGUUCCCUCUACAAAGGGAGAUAUUCCCCCAGGUUGCGCCGCCUAUGGAUUUGUCGUCGACGGGACGCGAAUUCUAGUCUUCGGUGGAAUGGUAGAGUAUGGAAAAUACUCUAAUGAACUUUACGAGCUCCAAGCCAGCCGAUGGGAGUGGAAAAGACUCAAGCCAAAGUCCCCCAAGGAUGGACCACCACCGUGUCCUAGGCUUGGACACAGCUUUACGUUGAUCGGAAAUAAAGUUUUCCUGUUUGGAGGUCUCGCCAACGACAGCGAUGAUCCCAAAAAUAAUAUACCGAGGUACUUAAAUGACUUGUAUACUUUGGAACUGCUGCCAAAUGGACAGACCGCGUGGGAAGUCCCCAAGACUUAUGGGCCUUCUCCACCACCUAGAGAGUCACACACCGGUGUGGCUUACACUGAUCGAACCACCGGGAAAUCCUGCCUGGUUAUUUAUGGGGGAAUGAGUGGUUGUCGUUUGGGUGAUCUCUGGUUCUUGGAUGUCGAUUCAAUGACCUGGAACAAACCAAUCGUUCAUGGACCGACACCACUGCCUCGGUCACUACAUACCGCAACUCUUAUCAAUCACAAAAUGUAUGUUUUUGGCGGAUGGGUGCCUCUUGUUGUUGAUGAUGUCAAAGUUGCGACACAUGAAAAAGAAUGGAAGUGUACUAGUACUCUAGCUUGUUUAAAUUUAGAAACGCUGACUUGGGAACAAUUGACCGUGGACUCGACGGAAGAAAAUGUGCCUCGAGCUCGAGCUGGACAUUGCGCCGUAGGAAUACACAGUAGACUUUACGUUUGGUCUGGCCGCGAUGGCUACCGUAAAGCAUGGAACAACCAGGUUAGGGUAUGCUGUAAAGAUUUGUGGUUCUUGGAAGUCAGCAAACCUCCAGCACCAUCGCGAGUUCAGUUAGUCCGAGCAUCCACAAAUUCUCUGGAAGUAAACUGGACCCCAACACCAUCAGCUCAAUACUACAUCCUUCAAAUACAAAAGUACGACAUGCCCCCUGCGACUGCAUCAUUCCCCGCAGCAUCUAUGCCAGCAGCAGCAGCUACACCAGCUCCUCCGGCGAUAACUUCUGCGCCAACACCAACACCUGCUGUGCCAACUCCAGCUGUUCAUCCUCCAACCCUAAUUUCUACGCCAAUUCAAGCUCCACCAGCACCGGCCCCAACUCCAGCUCCAACUCCAGUUCCAGUCGCUGCACCAAUUGCUCAACCAGCUCCUCCAGUGGUUCCGAAACCGGUUCCAGCAGUUCAACCACCCGUAGUCACCACUGUGACUCCAGUCGUAGCUGCUGCUCCACGCCCAGCAAUCACCCAGAGCCCCAUUCGCGUUCAAGCUCCAAUUCAACCUGGAACUCUUCGACCCAUCACAACACCAAUUGUCAAGCCAACACCUCCUUUGAGUCCCCGAGUGGCCACUGGCAAUGUCAUCAGAAUUCGCCCACCUGUAGUCACUUCGGUGCCCGCUCCAGUGAUGCCAACUGCCGAACAGACUCCAGUCUCAACAGUGACAACGACCGCUGGACAAUCACCCUCGGCGAUGUCUGGUAUCGCCACUUUGGCCGCUGCUGCAGCAGCUACUCCUAAAAUCAGCAUGAACAAUGUGCCAACCAACGUAGUUGCUCAAAAUCCUACCAACACUGUGCGAAUGAAGACUAUGCAACCGGGUCAACAAAUCCGAUUCGCAGCACCGGGCUCCACAGUCCUUCGUGCAGCUUCUCCUCAACACAGUAAGCAAAUAAUCCUUCAAAAAUCUGGACAGAACAUCGCUGGACAACCACAGAUUGUUCAUUUACUGAAAACGGCUGGUGGAAUGAUGACCACUGGUCCUAAAGUUAAUUUAAUACCCGGUAAAACUGUCCAAACAAUUGGUGGAAAGACCAUCAACCAAGGACCUACUAUCCUUCGACUCGUUAAUCCAAACACUGUCGCUGGAUCUAAAAUCAUCACAUCAAUGAAGGGAUCUAAUAUAGUAACGAUGAGCAAAGGCCAAGCUAUUGCGGGCAAACAGACAAUAAUGAUCACUAAACCCGGCGGCAAUGGAGGCAUCGUCGGUAGAACAAAUCAAAUAAUCGUCGUAACAACGGGAGGUGGUUUGAGAACUGUCCAAGCUGUUACAACGUCCCAGGCUGGUCAAGGUGGAACGAUUACCACUCCGGUUAAUGUUUUACCUUUGUCAGCGGCGAACCAUGUCACCAAUCAGCAAGGAGUCAAGAUGAUUGUAGUAUCUUCGGGUGCAAUGGUGGGAGGUACUGGUGGAAAGCCAAUUACCAUAACAGUACCUGGACAUGGAGGUGUUCCAAAGACUGUUACUAUUACCAAAGGUGGUCAACAAGCUAUAUUUAACCCGGCAAAGACUCAGAUCGUUACGAGCUCCCAGUUCCAAAAGGCCCAAGACGGUACGGGCAAGCCAGUGACCUUGCAAAUGGCUGGAGGCAUCGGAGGAAAAACAGUCACCCUGGUACCGACUACCAGCUCUAUUGUCAGCACUGUUGGAGCUGGAGAUUCAUUUGAUACCAGUAAAAUGCUCUUUAUGCCGCAAAAACAGCCUUCAGCCUCCUUGGCGUCGACUUCCGACGGUCCAGCAACUACAGACGCUGCAUUAGCUGCCCUGGCUGCUGAAGCUGGUCUCAUCGACCCGGUUCAGGAAUCCUCAGGUCUCAAUUUUAUGGUGAAUGACGACGGAGCUGAUGAGAAAGCCGAGGACAGUUGUAACGGCAAUGAAGCAUCAACAACGGCUGCUUUGGUAUCUGGAGAGGCGAUGCAAGUCGACGGGGAUGGUAACUUUGUAAUUCCUCAGGUUGAUGGACCUGGAGAUAUUUUUUCAGACGACGAUGACACUCCUGAAGCAAAUGACGAACCAGAAGUGGAACAGUCUGAGGAAGCGGAUCCCCCUCCGCAACCCGAAGCUCAAGAGAACCAAGAAGCUGAACAAGAAGUCGACCAAGCUAUCACUGAAGACGCGCCUCAAGUUGAAGAAGCUGCUGCGAAAGAAGAGCCCGAGUUGGAAAAGAAUCCCGACACUGAAACGGAAGAAGCUGACACUGCUUCCGCCUGCGAGACGCCCAUGGAGGCCAGUGAGCCUGAUUUACCGUCUGAAAGCGAUAUGCAAAUUGUCAGCAACGCUCCUUCCGAGUCGUCUCUCAAGUCUGAGCUGUCUGAGCCCACUCAGCCGACAGAGUCGAUAGAGGCCAGUUCCAAAAACGAACCUGAAGAUAAACUCGAAGCUGAAGCUGAAGACAAGCCUACUGUUGAAGACGCUGAGACUUUGCAAGAGGAAAGUAAACCUGAGAGUCUUACAGCAGAGACUCCUGCUACUGAAGCUGAAGAAAAAAAAAAUCAUGACUCUGACGGUGACAAUGAGUUUGAGAAUCUCAAUGCUGCGAUACAGGAAGAAAUGAACAAAGCCAUGGAGACUGAGAGCUCGCUUAUGGCUGAUAAAUCUGAGCCAGAAGUCCCGAUGGAUGUCGAUGAGCCGAGUGUUAAACUUGAACCUGAAGCUCCUGUCGCUUCACCAGUUGCUGAUCGAGUUCCAUCUCCAGCUGUAGCUCCAUCACCGGUUGCGUCACCCGUAGCUCGGGUUGCGUCACCCGUAGCUCGGGUUGCGUCACCUUUAGUAGCUCCAGUUGCUUCACCUGUGGCUCGAGUUCCCUCCCCAGUAGUAGCGUCACCAAGAGUUGCAUCACCAGUCGCCCGAAUUCCAUCUCCAGAAGCCCGAGUUCCGUCGCCAAUAGUCCAAGCUGCGUCUCCAGCGGCUCCAAUGGUCGCAGCGGCGUCUCCGUUGGCUCAGUCACCACUUGGACAAAUAAAAACAGAAGCCAUGGAGCAGUCUGCUGCUAAGGAACCAACUCCACCGCCAACUCCUACAGCCGUGACCAAUGGACGCAUCGCUGAGCCAGAAGCCAACGAGUUGUCGCAGAAAGUAAAUGUUCCCAGUCCCACGGAGCCAAUUGCUGUUAGUGAAAUAAAACAGGAGGCGUUUGUGAAGAAAGAGUUGCCCAAGAUUGAGAAAGAAAACAACUCGAGGGAAGCUGAUGACUCGACGGCGUUGACGACUCUCGCGACCGCCGCGCUGGGAUCUGCCGAGCAAAGUGUCAAAGUAAAAGCUGAGCUUACUGAAGAGGAAAAGAAGGAUCUGGACUGGUUCGAUGUUGGUGUAGUUAAAGGUACUACGUUUGUUGUUCAACACUAUCAUCUUCCUGGAGACCAGCCACUUGAUAUGUCGUUACCUCCUGCGGAAAUAUUCAAAGACAGGAUCCAAGUUAAACUGGAGUCUGGUACCGCGUAUAAAUUCCGCGUCGCUGCGGUAAACAGCUGUGGAAGAAGUCCUUGGAGCGAAGUUUCUGCUUUCAAAACGUGCCUACCCGGUUACCCCGGCGCUCCCAGCGCGAUAAAGAUCUCCAAGUCUGCAGAAGGUGCUCAGCUCUCUUGGGAACCGCCUCCCAGCAAUCUUGGACCCAUUUUGGAGUACUCGGUGUAUCUGGCUGUUAGAAGCGCCAGCGCAGUGUCGAAUAAUGCAGGCGAGCCGACAACAGUCGCGGCGAAUGCCAAUCAACUGGCUUUCAUUCGGGUCUACUGCGGGCCCACUAAUUCCUGCUCUGUGCCGAAUAGCUCUUUGAGCGCUGCUCAUAUGGACGUCACUACAAAACCCGCGAUAAUAUUUAGAAUAGCUGCUAGGAAUGACAAAGGUUAUGGACCUGCUACCCAAGUUAGGUGGUUGCAAGAUCCAGCGACGGCUGUGAAAAGUAAUCCACAGGUAAAGAGACAAGUAAGUGAUGCUCGUGCAGUAGGCAAUUCGCCGAUGAAAAAAUUAAAACAAGAAGACUACCACUCGUGAGUACGUACUUCCUACAAGUUUGACGAUGUUUAAUCGUCCACAAACCCCGUUUUAAUGCUACUAAACAACAACAGUAACAAUAACUAACUAUAAAUAAAUAAAUAAAUAAUAUAAAAUAAAAAUUCUAUAUACAACUCCCCCGUAUUGAAAAAACGUCACCUUUAAUUUUCACUAAUACGCAUGACAAGGCGUUAAUUACUGCGCCAAACAAUCGAUUGUGAUUAGGUAAUUUAACUCGGACCACGAAUACGUGACUUGAGUAAUUAAUUAUAAUAAUAAUAAUAAUAAUGUAACAAAGAGGUACACCAGGUGUUCGUUUUGCAUUACUCGGUAUCAAAGCCUCAGACUAUCUAUUUUUAUUUUCUAAAUAAUUUUUUUACUCCAGUAAAAUUUUUCAAUACAUAUCGUUAACUACAGUGUUAUUCGCAUAAUCUAAUAGUUGAAGAUAUUUUUUUUUAUUUACAGCUCGUUUUUAUUAAACAUAUACAGAAUAAUGUUCAUUAAUUUAUUUAUUCGUUCUAAUCUUGGGGGAUAAUUGGAUACUUUUAAAUAUUUUUAUUUUAAUUAUCAAAUGAUGUAAAAAAAUCAAUAAUAAUAAUAAUAAUGGGUAAAUUUGUGGAUUUUGAUAAACGUGAGGAAGAAAUUAUGUUGAGAUAAUUAAACUCUUGUGAGUUGAUGCAAUGACGGUGCUAACGUCUCAAAAAAAUCGUAUUCGUUUAACUAAAGUAAACGAAAGUAGACAAAAAAAAAGAAACUACUGACAAACAUCGUAUAAGUAGCAAAUAAAGUAAUUGAAUCACAAUGAAGAAAAAUAGUAAUGAUUAACUGUUA